UCCAGAAUGCACUUAUAAACUGCACGUAAGUGCACCAGCACGACCAGUCGAUAAAGCAAAUCGUUUAGAGGGGGAAGUACAACAGGUAUAUUGGAGUUGUCCAAGUAUUUCCGAGCCCGAAACAAGCAAGCUCACCAUGUUGAAGACAUUGACCAUCGCCAUUUUACUUGGCCUGACUUCCGGCCGGCCGUCGGCCGACUCCGGCCAGGAAAUAAAUAUUUCGGAGCCAAAAAGCCUGAACUACGUCAACCGGGAAUUUCCAAACACGAAAGAAAACUUGAUCGCCCAAUUGGAAGAAGCGCCAGAUCAAAAGCUUCCAUUUGAAAGUCUACUAAGAAACAGGAGAGCUUCGAAUUCAUCAGCUAUGAAUAACGCUGGAACUUCAGGAGCCUCACUGCCCAACUUCCUGCAGGUUCCACUCCAAGGAAUCGUAUCAGUCCUAUCAACCGUAUUACUAACCCUCCUCCAGGCGAUCUUUGGAUUGGUCAGCGGAGUCUUGAACCCAAUUCUACUUCUUUUGACCGAACUGCUGAACCCAGUAUUGCUACCCUUGAGACCAGUUCUCAACCCGCUCCUGUUGCCCGUUAACGGGCUUUUGACGGAUAUCUUAAAAGCCCUGAAUCUGUCAUUAGGCUUAUCGGGUCUCCUAACAGGAAACGUUACGAGUUCUGCCUUUAUUCCCAGCUCAAUAACAAGAGCGACCAGGUCCCUAAAUUCUGAACCACCUCAGGCUCGCCGUUCGGCAGAGGCUGAAGGCAGCUUCACAGGAAUGCCCAAUGCCCUGAACACUUUGGUUGCCCACUUGCGCAGCAAACGUCAAUCGCCCGGAACAAGCACCGAUUCAGGAGUCGAUUCAACCCUUACGUCACCUUUGACUCUCGUUAAAAAUAUUCUAAUGGAAGUAAUGAAUAUCCUAGUAACCCCAUUGGAGUCGAUUCUGAGUCUCGUAAUUUCUCUAUUGAAUUUACCAAUCGACCUUAUUUCCCAACCGCUGAAUCUUGUCGAGUCGCUCUUAAGUGGAACCAUAGGACAAUUCCUUCCUGACGGGAUCACUAGCAUGUUAACUCCAAUGCCCAGUAAGCCUAGCACUCCAGCGGACACAGUCCCGAAUGCAACCGCGAACUCUUUGAGACAAAGAAGAAGCGAUACCAACAGCGGAUUGGCAGGACCUCUCAGCGUAAUCCUCUCGAUCCUUUCUAGUCCUUUAAAAACUCUUUUUAGUUAUCUACCAGCGCUCUUGGGCCAUUUCAGUAUCUCGUAUUCUGCCUUACAAGAAGCUGCUCAAGCCCUUUUCUCCAAAGCCGCUAAAAGUCUCUUUACGAUGGCCUGCAAUGAAACGAAGAAUUUUAUUCUACCGGCUGUCGACGAUUUACUUCAGAGCAUUGUCGGAUCGGAAUAUAUUCCAGAUUACAUGAACAGCCUCAUCGCGCAAUUACACACUGUCUACAAGCUGCUGAAGAUGAUGGGUUAUCUACGCCCCAGCUAGGAGGGACAGCUGGUUUCCGUUUUCCGAAGAUUUUUCGGAGACUUCGAGAACUUCCGAAAAUAUAUUAUUGUCAUUGAGAUGGAAAAUUUCAUUUAUGCGUUGCGUAUAAACUUUCGUAACUUCAGAUACUACGUUAACGAAAAAUCAUAAUAAUAAAUAAAAAAUUUGAGUAAUAAUUGAAAAAUA